CCGAAAUUUCACAGUGCCGUACAAAAUGGAUCAUCCCGUAAAACCACAAUGUCGGCUUUGUUUGACACCUUCCCCGGAACAGUAUGCUUCCAUCCGCGACUCAACUUUGUGCUCCAAGUUCGAUAUUGUCUUCAAAUUCGAGCUACCCCUGGACGACUCGCUUCCCAAUGUCGUCUGCGCCGAGUGCAGCGCCAAGGUCGAUGAGUUCUAUUCCUUCCACGAAGCUGUCCGAACUAAUCAGAUCCAGCUAAAGACGGCUCCCAUGACAGAUGUCACUAUGCUUGUGCUGGUUGAAGUUAAAGGAGAACCACUGGAUGAUGAAGAGACGGAAGAAACAGAUUCGGGAGAAUGCAGCACCACUGUUGCUGCUGUAGAUCAGUUUGACAAGGAUGAUGAUCAUGAAACAACCACCAAGACUGACCCAGUACUAAACAAGGAUGCUCAGGGCAAAAGCAGCAACCGGAUGCCGGACGACAACUGGAGAAUAGAGCAGUUUUUCAACGGAAUCACGUGCAGCAUUUGUUCGGAGAAGUUUGAAACGUUUGGCAAACUCAAGAUACAUAGCAGGAAAGCACAUGACCAAAAAGCCGGUAUCACGUGUUGUAAGCGAAAGUAUUUCAAGAAAUGCUAUCUAAUUGAACAUAUAAACUCACACCUGGAUUCCAAACAUUUUUACUGUGAACUGUGUAAAAAGAAUUACGGCUCCAAGUAUUACUUGGGGGUACAUAACUUGCAAUUCCAUGCCAACCCGGAAGAACUACCCUACCAAUGUAACAUAUGUGGAAAAAAGUUCUCCAAGGAAUCUCUCCUGACUGCCCAUCUAAAAAAGCACGUUCAAGUCAAGUGCUCCGAGUGUGACCGAACGAUGGCCAACAUUCACUCACUGAAGGUUCACAUGCUGAAAAUGCACAGUGAACAACCGCGAGACCCUCCCGCGACUCAUGUUUGUGACAUUUGUGGCCAAGUGUAUCACCAGAAGCAAAGCCUCGAGAGGCAUAUCAAUCUGCAGCACCUGGGCGCCAAGGAUACCGAUCGAAUCCAGUGUCCUGUGUGCGCCAAAUGGGUCAACAGCAAACAAUAUCUGAAGGUUCACAUCCGGAACGCUCACAGCGGAGAGAACCUGCAGGUAAAAUGCGACAUCUGCCGGAAUGUUUGUGCGAACAAGCGUGCGCUUUCGACCCACAAGCAUAAGGUACAUGCGGAGCGGAAUUUGGAGUGUGAAGUUUGCGGCAAGAUGUUCAAACAGCCAAAACAUCUCAAGGAGCACCGGGCAGCGCACAUGGGUCAACAGCUGUACACCUGUACCGUUUGUGGCUAUGGUUCGAACUACAAUGGCAAUCUGUACACGCACAUGAAGAACAAACAUCCGGUGGAACAUGCCGAAGCAAAGGCCAGAAGAGGAACUUUGCUGACCAUGCAAGAUGAAGUCAUGGAAGACCCGAUGGGUAGCGACCACCACCCCAUCGAAAUCCGACUCGACUGUAGACCAACCGAAGCCUCUCGUAGACCACGCUGGAUCUACAAUCAAGCAGAUUGGACAAGUUAUCAAGAGGCAAUCACCGGUACCUGCAGAGAAUCCGAACCGACCAACCUCUCGGACUACAUCGGUUCGAUUUUUCAAGCGGCAACAGACACUAUUUCCCGAUCUAGUACCAUCCCAGGACGAAAAGCCCUUCCGUGGUGGGGGACAAACACAAAAAUCGCUGUGAAAGCCAGGAGAAAGGCUCUUCGUGCCGCCAAGCGAUUAAAUAAAAACCACCCCGACAAGGAGGUUGCUUUGGCUCACUACCGUGCAAAAAGGAACGAAUGUCGGCAAACUAUACGAGAAGCGAAAGCCCAAAGUUGGGAGAACUUUCUCAACGAAAUCAGCCCUAACCAAUCGGCAGCUGAUCUGUGGGGAAAGGUUAAUGCUUUAAGUGGGAAGAGAAAAAACCGGGGAAUCGCACUUAAAUAUGAAGGAGAAAUUACCCGCGAUUCAGAUACUAUUGCCGAUGUGCUUGGAGAAUACUUUGCCUCUCUAUCAGCCGUAGAAGGCUACGAAGAACGCUUCCGUAGGAAAAAAGUUGCUUCGACACCCCCGAUAGCCAGCAUGCCAAUUCCAGAGGAAACAAUUGUGCCGGAAAUAAACGAACCCUUCCGGAUGAACGAGCUCGCUCUAGCCUUAUCAAAGGCUAAAGGCAAUUCUGCGGGCCCGGGCGAGGAGGACUAUCCUUUGCUCCGGAAUCUACCACCAGAAGGAAGACGCAAGCUUCUAGAUCUAAUCAACCAGGAGUGGGUGCACAACUCCCUGCCUCAGGAUUGGAAGCACAGUCUCGUGGUCCCGAUCCUCAAGCAAGGAAAGCAAGGCAGACAAGCUAGUGAUUUCAGGCCGAUCUCCCUCACAUGCUGUGCCUCCAAAAUCGUGGAAAGGAUGAUGGAUCAUCCCGUAAAACCACAAUGUCGGCUGUGCUUGGCACCUUCCCCGGAACAGUAUGCUUCCAUCAGCGACUCAGCUGUGUGCUCCAAGUUCGAUAUUGUCUUCAAAUUCGAGCUGCCCCUGGACGAUUCGCUUCCCAAUGUCGUCUGCGUCGAGUGUAGCGCCAAGGUCGAUGAGUUCUACACCUUCCAUGAAGCUGUCCGAACUAAUCAGGUCCAGCUUAAGACGGCUCCCAUGACGGAUGUCUGUAUGCUUCUGCUGGUUGAAGUCAAAGGAGAACCACUGGAUUAUGAAGAGACGGAAGAAACAGAUUUGGGAGAAUGCAGCACCACUGUUGCUGAUGUAGAUCAAAAUGACAAUGAUGAUGACCAUAAAUCAACCACCAAGGCGGAUCCAGUACAAAACAAGGAUGUUCAGGGCAAAAGGAGCAGCCGGAAGCCGGACGACAACUGCAUAAUAGAGCAGUUUUUCAACGGUAUCACGUGCAGUGUUUGUUCCGAGAAGUUUGAAACGUUUGGCAAACUCAAGAUACAUAGCAUGAAAGCACAUGACCAAAAAGCCAGUAUCGAGUGUUGUGAGCGAAAAUUUUUCAAAAAAUGCUACCUAAUUCAACACAUUAACUCACACUUGGAUUCCAAACAUUUUUACUGCGAACUGUGUAAAAAGAAUUACGGCUCCAAGCAUUACUUGAGGGUACAUAACUUGCAAUUCCAUGCCAACCCGGAUGAACUACCCUACCAAUGCAACAUAUGUGAAAAAAAGUUCUCCAGGGAAUCUCUCCUGACUGCCCAUCUGAAAAAAACACGUUCAAGUCAAGUGCUCCGAGUGUGA